ACUUGUUUGGGGGCUGCGUGGUCGGCGAGUUUGCCUCCGGUACCACCGGGACCCUGACACCGGACAGGACGGGACGGCAUGUUGUCUUAUUGAUCCCGGUUGCUGUCAGUUUGUGUGUGUCGGCUCGCGAAGGAGGGAUCACACACACUCACUCACUCACGCCGAGGUGACGUCGAUUGCGCCGCGUCCGGUUUUUCCUCUGCCUGCGAAAAAAACUAGUGUUUUGUUGGCGUGCUUGUGCUCCACACUUGUGCUCGAGUAGUAAAAUGUGAGGUGGGAAAUGUUCGUCAGGGGUGGAUGAGAGGAGAGGAAAAGGGGAGGCACCUGUGAGACGGAGCAGGUCAGCCUACCGCGGUGUCAAGUUGACGUUAAUCACGGCGCCGUACAGUUUCAGACAUAUUUGUCAAGCAGCAGCGGAGGAGUCAUCAUCAUCGGAUCAGACACACAUUAUGACUACGUGUUGUUGUCACGGACUUAACGUGUAAGGUGAGCUGUGACUGCCCCCCUUCUUCGUCUCUCCGUGCACCUGCAUGUACCGUGGGCAGCCCCGGCUCGUCGGAGAGGCGCUGAGCUCAGAGACUGUGCUGCACUAGGAGAACCCAUGGCUUCUGGCCCUCCAUGUCCCUCUGGAGGCCGCAGGCUCGGGCUGCUGGAGGUGCUACUCGCGCCUCUGUUGGUCUUGCUGAUUUCUGGGCUGGCACCAGUUCUGGGUCAGAAGGUCUACACCAACACAUGGGCUGUCCACAUACCUGGAGGUCAGGAGGCAGCUGAGGAAAUCGCCAAUAAACAUGGGUUCAUCAAUCACGGACAUGUAUUUGGUGAUUAUUAUCACUUCCGGCAUCGUCGAGUGGUGAAGAGAUCGCUGUCGGAUCACAGGGGGACACAAGUCCGUCUACAAAAAGAUCCCAAGGUGACUUGGGCAGAGCAACAAGUGUCGAAACGGAGAAAAAAGAGGGAUGUCUUCGCCGAACCCUUUGAUCCUAAGUUCAGGGACCAGUGGUACCUGUACAACAGCAACCACCGUGACUUGAAUGCCAAAUCUGCGUGGCAGUUGGGCUACACAGGUAAAGGAGUGGUGGUGUCCAUCCUGGAUGAUGGAAUAGAGAGGAACCAUCCUGACUUGAGUCAGAACUACGAUCCUGAUGCCAGCUACGAUGUGAAUGAUGGCGACCCAGAUCCUCAGCCUCGAUACACGCAGCUUAAUGACAACAGGCAUGGAACACGAUGUGCAGGAGAAGUGGCAGCGGUAGCCAACAAUGGGAUCUGUGGAGUCGGAGUGGCCUACAACGCAAAGAUUGGAGGUGUGCGUAUGCUGGAUGGAGAGGUGACCGACAUGGUGGAGGCGCAGUCCCUCAGUCUGAAUCCUCAACACAUCGACAUUUACAGUGCCAGCUGGGGCCCAGAGGAUGACGGCAAAACUGUGGACGGACCUGCUAAACUCGCCAAAGAAGCUUUUCUGCGUGGAGUUACAGAGGGUCGGAACGGUCUGGGCUCCAUCUUUGUGUGGGCUUCUGGGAACGGAGGGAGGGAGAAGGACAGCUGUAACUGCGACGGCUACACCAACAGCAUUUACACACUGUCCAUCAGCAGCUCCACCCAGAACGGCAACGUCCCCUGGUACAGCGAGGCGUGCUCCUCCACCCUCGCCACCACCUACAGCUCGGGGAACCUCAACGAGAAACAGAUAGUGACUACAGACCUCAAAUCAAAAUGCACAGACUCCCACACAGGCACCUCUGCGUCCGCCCCUCUGGCUGCUGGGAUCAUCGCUCUUGCCCUUGAAGCCAAUAAAAAUCUGACCUGGAGGGACAUGCAACAUCUGGUUGUGCGAACUUCUCACCCUGCCCACCUGCUCACCAACGACUGGAGAACCAAUGGGGUCGGACGUAAAGUUAGCCAUUCGUAUGGAUAUGGUCUACUUGAUGCCAGUGCCAUUGUAUCGCUGGCAGAAACGUGGACCAGUGUGAGGCCGCAGCGCAAAUGUGUGAUCACCAUGGUCUGUGAGCCAAGGAACAUCGGCAGCCAUUUGUCGAUCAACAAGAGCGUGGACGCCUGCUUCGGGACAGACAGUCACGUGACGUCAUUAGAGCACGUCCAGGCCCGGCUCACGCUCUCCUACAACCGCCGAGGAAACCUGGCGAUCCACCUCAUUAGUCCUGCAGGCACACGCUCCACUCUGCUCCACCCCAGGCCUCAUGACUACUCAUCGGAGGGUUUUAAUGACUGGGCUUUCAUGACCACCCACUCCUGGGACGAGAAUCCCAACGGGGCGUGGACGCUGGAGAUUGAGAACGUGGCGGGGGCCAGCGACUAUGGCACUCUGACCCAGUUCAUCCUGGUGCUGUAUGGCACCGGCUCAGCAUCUUCCAGCCCCUCUGACAAGGCUCAGCCCGCUAAUGGCAACUGUAAGACCCUGGACCUGAGGCAGAUCUGCAUCGAGUGCAACGCCGGCUACUACCUCUUCCAGCAGGGCUGCGUGAAAGAAUGUCAAUCAGGCUUCUCAGUGGGCUCCCAGCCCCUCAACUACACAGUUGGAAACUCUAUACCACCAGCUUCCGUCCCAGCCUGCCUGCCGUGCCCGCCGCCCUGCGUGACGUGCAGCAGCCUCAGCCCUCGGGCCUGCCUGACCUGCCCGCCUCACAGCUCCCUGGACCCCGUCUCUGGCACCUGCCUGCACCUCAACCAGUACAUGCGCGAGUCCCCUGGCAGCUUCAUGGUGGGCCAGGGGAGCCCGGGGACGUCGCUCCAGCUCAACUCCCACCUACCCGUCGCCGUGGCUGUGCUCAGCUGCAUGGCCAUCAUCGCCACCUUUGCCGGCACCUUCCUGCUGCUGCAGCUGCGCUCAGGCGCGCUCAUCAAGCUGCCCUCUCUGGAGGCCGGCGGCGGCCUCGGGGGCAGUUUUAGCCUCGGGGGAAAUAGGGUGGUGUCGUAUCGUGGCAUCCCGACAGUGUGGGGGGAUGACGGGGUAAACACAGACUCUGAUAACGACGAGUUCGACGUCCACAAUGAGAGGACUGCCUUUAUCAAAACACAAAGUGCUCUUUAAUGCCUCCCCCACAUCCCUCCCUCUCGCCUGCUUUUAAGCUCUUCUCACCCUCAUUUGUCUGAUAAUUCGGGGCUGUGCUCUCUGCCCCGCUCACUCUCUUCUGGUUUUAUCUACCAUCCUUUUUUUCCUUUGCUGUCUCUGUCUUUCUCAUCUGAGUCCUGCUUCAAGAUCUGCUGUGGGAGACCUGAUGGGAAACCGCUGUCUGUCAGAGCUCGGGAUGACCCAGGCUUUGUUCUGUUCACACUUGGGCGCUUUUCUAUUAAACCGGCUCUCUCCCUCCUCUUGCUCUCAUUCGGUCUUUUUGCACAGAGUCCAUUUUCCCCUUCAGCUCCAGCUCCUUUUUUGUUACAUAAACAAAUGAUUAUUAUUUGCUUCUUCCUUUUUCCCCCCUCUCUUUCCAUCAGUCUCAGUGCAGUAGCCAGAUGAGAUUGUUGAAUGUGAGGAGUAGAGGGGUGUGUGUAUGUGUGUAUGUGUGCGUUUGUCCGUGUGUGUGUGUGUGUGUGUGUGUGUGUGUGUGUGUGUACAUGUGAGCGUGUAAAUCUGAUGAAGUGUACUGCCCUUUAUAGAGAAGCUAAAGCUGACCCUGUCACAUUUAGUACUUUAACUUGAUAGUGACUUCAAAGUGAUAACAAAAAGAAAAGGUAUGACGCAGCUAGAAAUGGAUUUGGAAACAUUGAUGCUCACAACAAAAUCUGCCCAUUAAAGCACCACUUACCUGCAGAGAGUCACAGUGAGUUUUUAAAAUCAGAAGCAUAAUAGUUUUCAAGGAAAAUGUCCAUAAUCAGAUAAACAAAACAGACUAUCUGAGAGCUUCUUUCUCUUUAUGACGAGACGAUAUAUUGUGUUUUGCUUUUUAAAAAAUCCAUCUCUCACGCGGCCUCGUCCUGUUUAUCUGUAUAAUUAUUGUUCGAGGUGCGAGGAGGGCUUUAGUUGUCCUAUUGUGCGCACAGUCUGCAGAGAUCUCUCUCUCUCAGCUCUGGCAGAACAAACUGUGAGUCACACUACUAGCAAAAGCUUCUUCUUUUAGCCUUUUGGGAUUCACGAUGGACUCAAUUUAUCCCCCGUUUGGAAACCAUAAAACCUCCCCGAUCAUCACACAGAAGGUGAUGCAUCAGGCAAGAAAGAUAAAUUAAAAAAAGGAAGAAAAACACACACACAGGCCACUCAAUCAACCCCGAGGCACAAUCCCUUCCAGGGAUAUUUAAUUUCUGUGUUUGAUGUGUUCACAUCCGAGUGCUGAGAGAGACGCAGCCGAGGUGCUGGUGGGACCCCGGACAAUAUGUGACUGUUGAGCACAAGAGCUUCUCAAUAGCAGCUGGCAGGUGUUGAGUUACCUGUGAUUGAUUCCUUGACGGGGCAGACACAGUUAACAAUACAUCAAGGCUUCCCCUUUUGAGCACAUUAGCACUUCAAACGUACAUUAGACACACCUCAUAUCCUAAUGACUUAAUGUGUGUGUGGGUGUGUGUGUGUGUGUGUGUGUGUGUCUGUAAAUGUUUAUCUGCCCUUUCUGAAGUGAAGGUUUCCUUUUCUUCCUUCUUCAAAUCUUGAAUGCUGUUUAGAAAUCCUGCGUGGAGACUCCACAUCCCAUCAAUGUCUCUGCACUUUUACCCUCCAGUCUUCAUCUAAUCUGAAUUUCAGAUUAUCUCUUCAGCAUACUUGCCAAUUAAUUAUAUUCUGAAUGAUACUGCAGUAACUAUUUAUUCUGAGAGGUUUUAAUCAAACCUUUAGGGGAAAUUGUUUAAAAGUGAUUCUUGUUCUUCUGGGCUGGUUAUCAUCGAAAAAUGUGCGUCUCAUGAUUUAACCCCGGUGUAGACAUUUUGAAUCCAUUGAUCUCUCUUUUUCUAUGAAAUCUUUUUUUUUUUUCCUGUACAAAAAGAUGGAGCUCGCUGAGAGAGGUUGUCAUGGUGAUGACAUGCAUACAAAACUGCAGCUGCUCAUCUUUUCUUUUUUUUUUUCCCCAAUUUUAUUUUAUCUACCUCUCAUAUCAUUCAGCAAGGUUUCUUACGCGGCCGUCAGAGGAGCUGUUAAAUGAUUAUAGAGGUCAAAUUAUAUGUAGGUUAGAUAUGAGGAAGGGUUAGGAGAAUAGGCAUGUGAGUCAGAUUUAUGUUUUAGAAGAGAAACAAGAAAUUGCAAUCCAGAAACUGUAAAGCUGCUGCGUAAAUUCUAGUCCGCUGAAGUUCCUAUCUCUCCUGAAAUUUAUUGCCUUUAGGAUCAGCAUUCAUGAGCAGCCACACCUGGGCUUUAAAACCUGUUAUUGAAAAUAAAAAGAUCGUCCAUAGAUCUUGUUGGCUGCGGUUUUAAGUGCUAAAUCAACGUGAGAUUGUUAGGAGGGGAGCGUUUGUUUUCCUCAUCUCUCAUACUCCAUCAGGGGUGAAGACCUGUUCGUUUAUAAGUUUAUGUCACUGACAAUCAAAAGCUUUCCUUGUUUUGAGGGCGAGAAUGUGCACGAGCACACGGAACAAAUUGAUUUUAAUUUAACCACUCGAGCUGGAAAAGCUCUCAGAAGGUAAUAAUUCAUCAAUAUUCAGAGCUGAAUGUGAUUUGAAUUGCAAAAGUAUGUUCAGAGAGAGAGAAAAAACAUGAGAGAAUAAAGAGUUUCAAACCUUCCAACAUCCUGUCCGAAAGGAUGGAGAAAGAUUGGUAUGUGUGCUCUCAAACGCAGCGCUGAGCCAGAGAGCUUAAUUCAUCUCAGAUGGCCGGUGCAGGUGUAGCACAUUUGGCUUAUCGCUGCAGUUUCAGCCAGGAAGCUCUGAACUGGAUUGGAAAGCAACCGGUGAAAACGAAAGGAACAAAAGCUAAUGUGGCUGCAGAGUAACUAGCAGGCGCUGCAUCACAUUGUGUGAUGUACAUUAGUGCCUACUGCCAUUUAGGCUGCGAUUAGCCCGCUUUAACGAGGGUGCUAAUUUAAAAAUGUAAUAACUACAGCCUCAGACUUGAGCCACAAAAUCUUAUUGACUUCCCAGCUCAGUGUGAAGUGUGUAAACAACAGAUAAUGGGCUAAUGCCGCACCAAAAUUGCUUCCAUAAACUAUUUUCUAAAACUUUGCUUCUUUAGAAAACUAUAAUGUGGGACUCUGCACAAUUUGUUGCAAUUAGUAUUGAUGCUCAGUCUUGCGCAUCUUCCCCUUUACAGAAGAUUUAUUUUAUACUGCUUCCAAGUUUUCUCCUAAAGUGCAACAUUUUGGGGGGUUCUGUGGCCCCCUCGAGUGCACACACAAAUGAUUUAUUCAUCUUAGCUCGAUAUUGUAUUCACUACAGCUUGGAAACUCACAAAACUUUAAACUGAUGAACUCGGAGCUUUGUGCAUUCAAGUGUUCAACUUUUAAGGAAAUCAUGAAUGCGGGCAGCAUUAAGUAGCUUGUGCUUCCAAAGCACAGGGAGCUGCUGAGAAACCAUUAGCAGCCAGCUCUCUCCUUUCACUGCAAGAAUGUGAUGGAAACUACACACUAAAAAAAGAAAAGAAGAGGUUCUCUAAUUGUGCCAGAAAGCAGCUCAUCAUCAUACGGCUGUCACUUCACCGGCACUAAAGUGUGAAGCCUUUUAAUGUAGAAAGUAACAGGAAUGUUACAAAAAAACCCGUGCUCGUCACAAAUUGUCUCCUCUGGCUAUAAAGAAAAGACUCGCUCAUGGGAAUAAUGGAGGCUUUCUUUUUUCUUUAUACAGCUGAUUUAUUUCAUGUGGAGCUCGAUGUUGCUUCAGUCCUGCCUUAGGAUGUAGUCUGAAGUGAUCAAUAUGAAGUCGGAUGGAGUUAAUAGGAGCAAUAUCUUUGGCAUAACCAAAGACAAUCAUUUUAAUGCUGUCUGUUUAGUGUUACGACGUGUUGCUUUCAGGUUGUCACAGUCCAUCGACCCCCUUCACUCGUGUUCAAAGCGUUUUGUUGACAUCAUUCUGUCAUCUCUGCUUUUUUUUUCUAUUAUUAAAGAUCUGCGGUGACACCCUGUAUGUUCAGCAGCUGUGGAGGGAGGAGGUAGAAUGUAUCACAUCUCCAUUAACUUAAGGGCUGAAUCAGAUCUGCGUGUGCACAUGCUUAAAUGAAACACUUUGUGACGGGGGAGGAGGGGGCGGUUAGUGGAGCAGCCUCAGACGACUCUGUUGACCUCCUCCCGCCUCUUCGUGAGGUUCCUGGCCUGUGGCUGCACACAGUACCUUACAGAUUUGUGACCUAUGAAUAAUGUACAAGAAUGACUAUCUUACAUGGGACAUAACUCUAAAAUAAGGCCUAUUUUUGUACUAUAUGAAUGGUGCAGUGUAAUUUUCUUGUAAUUUAAAGAUUUUUUUGCUCUUGUUUUUCUCCUUUUUAUUUAAUUGAUGUCAAUUAUAGAUUCUACUAAAAAUAAAGAUCUAUGCAAAUUUGAA